AUGCAACAAGAGCAGCAGCAGCAGCAGCAACAGCACAGCAGCAGCAGCAACAGCGCAGCAGCAGCAACAGCACAGCAGCAGCAGCAGCAGCAACAGCGCAGCAGCAGCAGCACCUGCACAGACGUAGACGUGGAAGUCCGAAAAGCCUUCCGCCUGCUCCGCUAUGUAAGUAUCCCACAGUCGAAUUACGCAGCUCAGAGGGAACUCCCUGCAGCAGCAGCAGCAGUGCAGCAGCAGCAGUGCAGCAGCAGCAGCAGCAGUGCAGCAGCAGCAGUGCAGCAGCAGCAGUGCAGCAGCAGCAGCGGUAAAGCAGCAGUAGCAGCUGUACAGCUGCAGCAGAGGCAGACAGUGACCUCAGCAGACAGCAGAACAAGCAGCAGCAACGGACAUAAGAGAAGCACCAACCAAGAAAAGCAGCAACAGCAGCAGCAGCAGCAGCAACAGCAGCAACAGCAGCAGCAGCAACAGCAGCAGCAGCAUACCGCAUGA